AGGCAGGACAUUUUUACAUUUGGAACGUUGUGGUCGCGCAUGCGUUUUAUAUUUUCUUAUUAGGUUCCCCUUCCAGUUUUUUAGGACGGGUUUGAAAUUGGCACAGACGGGCAUCCCCACCCCCGGUUUCUCCCCACAAAUAACGACUUUGCUUUCUCUGCGUUUGCAAAAGAAGGCAGAGAAGGCUGGGGCUAUUUCCGAACACCAUAUCCGCUGGAAACUUGCGGGGCGGAUUCUGCCAGGGCGGGGCUGCCCGCUGGUAGCACCGGAAGAUCUUGCGCCGGAGCCACGUGGCUGGGCGGCAAGGAGGCGGUGGUGGCGGCCAGUGGUGGUGCCGCCACCGCCACCUGCCCGAGAGCGGUUCCUGCUCCUGCGUUUUCGGAGGUUGUGGACGAGGAGCUGGGGCUCGGCUCCAGCAUGGGAUGGGUUCCGGAGCGGGGCCGCCUGGCUGCAGGGCUGCUGGUUAACUUGGCGGCGUCCAUCUGCAUCGUCUUCCUGAACAAGUGGCUGUACGUGCGAACGGGCUUUCCCAACCUGACCCUGACCCUGGUGCACUUCGCGGUCACCUGGCUGGGGCUGUACGUGUGCCAGGCGCUGGGCAUCUUUGCCCCCAAGAGCCUGCGGCCCCGCCAGGUGCUGCCUCUGGCGGUCAGCUUCUGCGGCUUCGUGGUGUUCACCAACCUGUCCCUGCAGAACAACACGAUCGGCACCUACCAGUUGGCCAAGGCCAUGACCACGCCGGUCAUCGUGCUCAUCCAGAGCGGGGCUUACGGCAAGACUUUCCCUACCCGCAUCAAGCUCACCCUGAUUCCUAUUACUUUAGGUGUUUUCCUAAAUUCCUAUUACGACGUGAAAUUUAACUUUCUUGGCAUGGUAUUUGCUUCUCUUGGUGUUCUAGUUACAUCUCUUUACCAAGUGUGGGUAGGAGCAAAGCAACAUGAGCUACAGGUGAACUCCAUGCAGUUGCUGUACUAUCAAGCCCCAAUGUCUUGUGGCAUGCUGUUGUGUGUCGUUCCCUUCUUUGAACCAGUAUUUGGCGAAGGUGGAAUAUUCGGUCCCUGGACACUUUCUGCAGCGUUUAUGGUGCUGCUCUCUGGAAUAAUAGCCUUUAUGGUGAACUUGUCAAUUUACUGGAUCAUUGGGAAUACUUCACCAGUCACCUACAAUAUGUUUGGACACUUCAAAUUCUGUAUCACCCUCAUGGGAGGCUACCUCUUAUUUAAGGACCCUUUGUCAAUUAAUCAAGGCCUUGGGAUUACGUGUACAUUGUUUGGCAUUUUAGCUUAUACUCACUUCAAACUGAGUGAGCAAGAAGGGAGCAAGAGCAAGCUUGUUCAGCGUCCAUAGUAUUGAUAUGGAUGGCAACUGAGUCUUUUGAAUAUGCACUGAUUUAAAACAAGCAAAAUGAAGAAAUAUAUGUCUCCUGUUACUGUUUAUUAAGGUACCGUCAUUCUGUUUUUUAAAAUUAUUUUUGAGAAACAUCAGUUUCUUUUUUUUAAAAAAAAUCAGGCCCUACAUAAACUCAACUUCUACAAUAUUGUUUUUUUCUAUUACAUGUAAAUUAUUUCUAUAUUAAUUAUAGUGGCAAUUCCAAGAGAACUCUCCUAUUUUAUACCAAAUGGACUCAUCAAGGUAGAUGUGACAUUAAUUGCCAAAGGCGUUCAUUCUGUCCUUUUGAUUAUGUCAGUAUUACCAUUGCUAGAAAUGAGACUACUGAUAUUGUAAAGUCAAAUGAACAUCGUAUCUUGUUCUGGUAAAGAAUGGGAAAUCAAUUUUCACUUUUUGUUUGUGUUUUUCUUUUCUUUUUUUAACAAACUUUGGAAUGAAAUCUUGAGUUCAAUAUAAGCAUGCAUGAAUAUAUUUUUCCCUAUUUUUAACAAUCCAAUAGAAAGUACUUAUUUCAGAAAACUAGUUUCUUCAUUCACUGUUAAGCAAAAUUCUGGUAUUCCAGACCUAUUAAGACUUUUAGAACAAUCCGAUCCUUUGCAGCGUGAUCAGAUUUCUAACUUCACAAAAUAUUUUGUAACUGGCUGCUGGGCAGGCUGCUGUAAUUUGAAGUACUUUUCUUCAUGCCCUACUUCAGGACCCAAAAUAGCUUAUACAAGAGGGCAGAUUCUUUAAUGUACAAUUUAGACCAAUCUGGAUGUAGCAUUUCCUGUCUCUCAGAUGGGUUUGUGUACAUCCUCCAGAUUUUUGUGUAACAAACACACACACAUCAGCAUCAAACAUCAUUAAGAGUUAUAUCUGUGCUAGUGUUAACAACAGCUAAUGCCAAGCAGUGUUUGGUCAAUAACCAAAUUUUUAAUCAGCUUCAGUUCUUGGUUUAAAAUGCUGGUUAAGAUAAACUCAGGGUAAUGUUAAUGUUUGUGUUGACAGUGCAUAACUAUAAUUAAGCUGUGAGGGACUUGCUUUUGAGUGGGGAAGGCUGCUGGGAAGGCACAUGUGAUCCCACAGACCGAUCCCAUGACAUAAAAGAUUCAAUGUCUGCGUCAGCCCCUUAUAAUGGGACUACACAGGGUUGAACAGGAAUGUGGGAAUGCUUCAAGAAGACUGCAGACUGUGCCUUAAUUGAAAAAUCAAUACAUCAAAUUUCUGUAAAAUUUUAAAGUAAGGUGGUAGAGUUUUUAAGGAGGAAAAAAUGUAGCUUUUUGGGGAAGAAAAUAAAACAUCCACAGCAAUUAGUUGCUAUCUAAACCAAACUAUAUUUAUUGUUUAUUGGCUGACUGUGAUAGCACGUUGGCCCCAGCACAAUUAUAGAGAAGACAAAAUUGGAAGAAACUGGACACAUGGAUUCUACCAGGAAGUGUGAUUUUUUGGUGGGGGGUUGGCUGGUUUAAAUGUGAAGGAUGGGUCCAGACCUGCAAUUAUAACUUUAAAAAUCUGAGGGGCGUGGCUAGGCCGCUACCAAAAUGGCUGCUUAAUUCUUCCUCAGCAAUUUUCCUUGCUGAUUUCACACUAAAAGUAGAUGAUUGUCCAACUUUAUCUUGUUUUGUGAGUAGCAUCAGUCAGGGGAUGUAGGGGAGACUGCAUGCACUGUAAUUCUCGUUCUUCAGGCUCCCAGUCUCAUAGGUUUAGAGCGCUGUAACUUUUGAGAGCUUGAGGGAAAGUGAAACUGACAUGCUUAAAAUGACAACUAGCAAAGCAAAGGUGGGAAAAGCUGUCAAAGGCCUCUGUAGAGCUCUCUCUUGCUGAUUUAGCUGCACAGAUGCAGCAAAUGCAAAUCACCCUCACAGAAAGUUGGCAAGCUGCCCUAAAACCUUUUGAACAGUAGUUUAAAGAACUAACUGCCACAGUUGCAGAUGUUGCUACAACCGCAGAUAAAGCUCUAGAGCUGGGUUUGAAGCAAAAGACUAGAACAGACAAGCUAGCAGAUCAAGGGCUUGACCUCCAGAUCAAACGGGACAAUCAUCAAGAUGAAGUCACAGGCAGAAUCUGCAAAUACGUGGGGUACAGGAAGAUGCUGAAAAAGGAGAUACGAUUGCCUUAUUGUUGAAUUAUUUGCACAACUACACUUAGCAGAGCCUAUAAUAGAAGCUGACACUGAAAGAGCGCAUUGCACAUUGUGACACAAGCCCCCAAAUGAUGUUCCCCCUUGGGACAUUGUUGUACAGUUUGAUACUAUUUGCAAACGAGAGUCAAUAUACACUGCACUUCACACGCUUAAGCAUAUCUCCCAUGCAAAUUCCAAACCGCGAUCUUUCAAAAUGUUUGCCCUGAAACCCUAUUGCGUCAUAAAAAAUUCAAGCCAUUCACUGAGAUCUUUCAGAAAGCUAAUGUUGCUUACCGCUGAGGCUACCCUUUCAAGCUCAUGGUUUAAUAGGGAUUUUGACUGUAUGCAGCUUCAACGAUAGGGCAAGCAUCUGUGCUCUUGCGUGAGGUGAGGCUUGAGCUUCUGAAUUUGCCUCCUGAAUCUCCACAUGAUAGAAGUACCCCAUCACUAUCUACCAAAUGGUCAAAGAAAAAUUAAUGUGGUGCUUCCAAAUCUACAGCUCCCAAUUCCCCUGCUGAUCCUGUUGACAACUCCCUUUCUGAGCCAGACUGAAUAUUCUGCUGGACAACUUCUGCCUUUUUCAUGUAAUUGUCCACUUGAGGAAUGUUGUGCUGAUCAUUCUUGAAUUUUUAUGUUUUGCCACUCUCCUGUUGUAAAGGUCGAAACAUAGGAAUCAUGGAGUAUGUCUCCAGAUUGUAAGGCUUCUGUGUGUGAAGUCUUCCCCACGUUAUGGGUUGACUCAGUGUUCAGAUGGUUUAUGGUUUAGUUUGUACUACAAAGUUUGUUGUCACUUUCAACACACUCUACCUUCACAUAGUCUUUCCAUCACCAUCAUACCUGUCUCACACCAUUUUAACUUUGUCUUAUGCCUGGGAUAAAGCUUUUCUCAAUUAACGUAAAUGACCUGGGGACCCCUGUUAAGGGAGCUAGAAUUGGGACCCUAUUACAGAAAGCAGAUCCAGACAUUCUCCAACAAACUUGAAGGUUGAUGGAUUGGCGACUAUUAUGCAGCCUGUGCAUCGUCUAAAUCAAGAGGUGUUGCCAUUACUAUGGCAUCCAGGUGUCUUUUUCAAGUAACUGACUCACUCUUAGACCCUAAAGGCCAGUAGUUUUUUCUUUAUGGCUGUAAUGGAGAAUCAAAAAUGACACUGGCAUCUAUCUACUGUCCUAAUAUUCAAAAAUCUAUUUUCCUGCAAGAUGGCUUGAGUCAUCUAGAAAUGUUUGCUGAAGGUGACAUCAUAGUUUUGUUGUUGUUACAUGCCUUCAAGUCGAUUAUGACUUAUGGCGACCCUAUGAACUAGUGACCUCCAAUAGCAUCUGUCAUGAACCACCCUGUUCAGAUCUUGUAAGUUCAGGUCUAUGUCUUCCUUUAUGGAAUCAAUCCAUCUCUUGUUUGGCCUUCCUCUUUUUCUACUCCCUUCUGUUUUUCCCAGCAUUAUUGUCUUUUCUAGUGAAUCAUGUCUUCUCAUGAUGUGUCCAAAGUAUGAUAACCUCUCACAUUCCAUGUUCCUAUUGUGUGCAUCGUAGUAGGGUGCGACUUUAAUGAAGUGCUCCAUUAUGGCAAAGAUAGGAAUGGGAUAAACCACUCUACUGCUAGCUCUAACUUAGCCUUUUCCCAUACUGUUGAGAAAUUAGCCCCGGUUGAUACCUGGAGGGAACAUCUAUGAGAACGAAAUUAUUCAUUUUACUCUUCAGGGCAUAAAGUGUAUUCCUGCAUUGAUAUGUUCCUCUUCUCUAGAGCAGUAACACCUGCUGUUACUGAGGUGGAUAUUGGUCCUAUCUUCAUCACCAACCAUGCCCUGCUCUCAUUAGUGCUGGAUCUGGGACAUUGUGGUCCCUGCACUGUUGCCUGGCAACUUAAUAUGUCCCUUUUCCAUAAAAGAGAAGUAGUUGACAAACUUAAAACUUCUCUUAUUGAAUACUUUAAACUCAGUGUUUCUCCUGAACUCUCCCAGGCAACAGUGAGGGACACAGUGAAGUAGGUGAUGAGGGGCUUAUGUAUUAAAGAAGUAUCAAUACUGAAAAAGCAAAGAGAAAUUAUGAGGUCUACCUUUAUGGAGGAGAUCUCCACUCUUGAACUAACUCACAAAUGUAAGGAUGGUUCUAAACUUUAACAUAAGCCGAUUGCUAAGCAUGCAGAAUUAUAAGCGUAUGACAAAGAUGGUAUAUAAAAAUCACUUUUAUACACGAAACAAAAAUACUUUGAAUUUGGGAACAAAUAUUCCAAAUUGCUAGCUAAUGCUGUGCAUAAGCGAAGGUUGAGAAAUAUCUAUUGUGUCUUCUCUAGAUGGCAAGAAAUGCUAUACUACAACUAAUAUUAGCUCAGCCUUUGCCAACUUUUACACUAAACUAUACUCUGCAAAGGAAUCAGCCAUUGCUACCUUUUUGGCUGACAUGCACAUUCCUCCAUUAAGCCCAGACCAUAAAGAAUAUCUGAACAGCCCAUUCUUUCUGAAGAAAUAGUCGCUGCUAUUAAGUGUCUUAAAAACCUGGUCUUGAUUAUUUUAUAGCUGAGUUUUAUAAUUUUUUUAGUAAAAUCCUCCCUCAUUUGCAAGCACUAAUGAAUAGAGUCAUGAAAGGGGACAGGAUUCCAGAGACUUGGAGAUAGGUUAGGCUGGUGGUAAUCCCUAAACCCCAUAAAGACCCGUGUUCUCUAGAAUCCUAUCACCCCAUAGCUCUCCUGAACCAGGCUGCUAAAUUAUUAACCUCAGUAAUGGCACAGAGUUUGAAUGUCUUCAUUUCUAAAUGCUGUAUAUCAAAACUGACCAGACAGGAUUUAUAAUGACAGGAUUUAUACCAACUCUCAGAGGCCGUAAGAAGAGUUCUUAAUGUAGUUCUUAGCUCCCAAAUAGGUAUUCCUCUCACUUUGCUUUCUCUUGAUGCUUUUAAAGCUUUUGACCUCCUUGAAUGGGUUUUUUUUUGCUACUUUUAUUGACUAAAUUAAAUUUUGGCUCUUAUUUCCUUAAUGUUAUACAGCAAUUUUACUCUGAAUCCCAAGCAACAAAUUGUAUUGAUGGCUAUGACUCCCUCUUUAUUAAUUUAUUAAGGGGCACCAAACAGGGAUGUCCCCUAUCCCCCAUUUUACUUGCUAUUGCAAUUGAAGUCUUUGCUGAUAAACUUAGAGCAGAUCCGGAUGUUUAAGAUCUUACCAUUAAUGGCCGUGAACAUCUUACUAACUUUUUUGCUGAUGAGGUCCUCCUUUAACCCAAUGUGCUCUCUCCCACUUGCAGCUCCACCUGGCUGACUUUAAAGAGGCAGCAGGACUGGAGAUUAUUUAAGGAAAAUCAGAACUUUUCUGUAUUGAUCUUCUUCCAUUAACUCAGACUCAAUUGUGAGAUGCUUUUGAUCUUCCUUUAAUCUUUAAUGGCGUCCAAUAUUUGGGUGUUACUAUUACUAGAGACAUAAGGCAACUAAAACGAUGUAACUUUAAUCCCUUAUUCAAAGUGAUAAAACUGAUAUUAAUUCUUGGAAGAAUCUGCCCUUUUCAUGGCUGGGUAGAGUGGCUGCUGUGAAAAUGGCCAUUCUGCUUAAAUUUAUAUUUUUCUUCCAAACUCUCCCUAUUUUCCUACCCAAUGGGGUGCUACAGAAAUGGCAGCUAGCUGGAUUCUUUUUGUAAUAAUGGCAAAGGAUCAUGUUUGAGUAGAGUAAUUCUGUCACCUAGAUAAGUAUAAACAAUUUAAUGGGUGGGAGCAGAGGGGACUGCUGACAAUGCAAAAUUUAUUUGACGGGAAAACCCUUGCAAACCUCACAGAUGGAAAAACUCCUCUCUGGUCUGGGGAUCAAUUGGUAUUGAAUAUUACAAGUUUCUACUUUUGCAAAUGCAGUAUAUAAAAGCUAAGGCCCACCUAACUCUUUGACAACUUUUGAAGCUCUAUGUAAACUGGGCUUCUCCAAUCAGAAAGGUUUUAUCUCUACAAUUCACCACCUUUUACUAGAUUUUAAAUAUGGCAAAUAGAAUUUUGCUUGCGCUGCCUGGAAUAAGGACCUGGGAAUGGAGAUUUCAGAGGAGGACUGGGACAGUAUUUGGGUAGGCCCUCAGUUUAGUGCUACUUCAGCUCUCAUGAAAGAAAAUGCCCUGAAGGUAGUACACAGAUGGCAUCUCACUCCAGUCAAGCUUAACCAUUUUAAUCAUUCCCUCUUGCCUCCCUGCUGGACAGGAUGCUUAAUUCAUGGCUCUCUCUUUCACUUACGAUGGGAAUGUAAUAAAGUUGAGCAAGGCUGGUGUGAUGUAUUUGAUAUUGUUAGCAAAAUUCUUAAGCCUAAAAUUAACCCAGAUGUGGCUCUGGUGCUUCUGUCUGCCACAAGUUAUUUGGAAAUCUCUAAAACCAGCCUCAGGAUAUGGUCUGAAGGCACAUGAGGCCAGGUCUGGUCAGUGCCUGGAUGGGAGACUGCCUGGGAACCAUAUGUAAGACUCCCUUGGGUUUCUAUCAUGAAAAGAAAGGUGGGGUAUAAAUGAAAUAAAUAAAAUACAUAAUAAAUAAAACACAGAUGUCUCUCUUAGCCAGACUUUUGCUUACAGCACAGCUUGAAAUAGCUAAAAAUUGGAAGGGAGCUGACCACUUAUCAUUUAAGAACUGGUUUAGUAGGCUUUGGCAACUUGUCUUGAAUGAAAAACUUGCCCAAGAAUGUAGGAUCACAUGGGGGGGGGAAGGGAGAUAACUACCGAUGAAUGUACUCCGAUCUCAUACCCCUUUAUGCUUUUGAAGAUUAAGCUGAUGCGAGAGCACCAUCUUAUUUCUGGGAUGUUUACCUUGCCUUUUGACUUUAAAAAAGAGGGAGAGUGGGGGAGGUUUUCUCCCCUUUUUCUUCUUUGCCCCCCCCUCAUUUUCAUGAAGCAUUUUUGUCAUUAAGACUCACUUUCCUUUGUACAGAGUGACAUGUUUGUCGUUUGUUGGUUUCUGCUUUUAUUGUUGUACGUAUUGAACAGUGAAAAUAAUUUACAAUUUUUUUAAAAAAAAUAGCCAUGUUAAGAAAUAAUAUAGUUUCUAACAGUAACUUGUAUUCUUCAAAAUGGCAGCAGAGCUGUUCAUUUAUUUAGGAACACUGUUAAUGCUGCAAUAAAAUAUUAUGUAACACUUUUUUGAAAAAUCAUAUCCAUUUAUGUCUCAAAGGGGUUUUGUAGACUUACUUUGUAUAGGCUGGCAGUCUGCUGCUGCUUACGUAGAAGAAGCCUCAAGGGUUGCUGCGUGCCGUUGUUUUACUGUUACAAGUAGAUGUUAGUUCUGAUAGAAGGCUAAAGCUGCAAGGCUAGAUAUAAAGCUAGAAGAUUGCGACUUCCAAAAAAAAAAUUGCUUUGGAAGAGUACAUAGCUUUUUCUCAGAAGCUACAAAGUUCAUUUGACAAGACAUUAAAAUAUUAUUUGCUUGUUUUUUUAAAAACAAACACAACUUAUGUUCAAAAUCACACCAUGUAUUGCCUGUAUUGUGUUUUAUUUUUGUCC